UACCUACUCCUUACGGACGUACUCGGAAUGCCCACUGUCGCUACUUCGUUUAUGUCUGAGCACGCUCAAGUAGCCCACUUGGCGGUUGCAUACCAGAACAAGGUUUUGCUCCACUUUAUAAACUGUGCCGAUGACUUCAAUGUGACGCACGAGGUCAGGGAACCACAUCUGAUGCCUCGCUUUCUGUACAACCUUGCGGAUGCUCUGAGACGAGCGGACUCUGUGGAUGCGGUCAAUUACAUGUCAUUCAGAGAAAUCGAUGGCACGGCCUAUCUUCUGUUUGUUUACAGGAGCAAUGAGCUGCGACUCUGGUCAGUGGAUACUAUGCAGGCAGUAUCCACCAUUAACUGCUCUGAUGGAGGUCAAGGAGCACCAACAGCACAAGGACCACAAACAACUCUCACACAACGAUGGGGCUGAGUUUUUUGCGUGCAACUCGACAAGAAUAUGACAGAUGUGGGUUCCAGAGACAUAGAAUUGAUUAUGAAGCACACAGUGGUGAAGCCAGACAUGGAUCUGAUCAACUUUAAUGUCACCCUCUUACACAUCUGGGCGCUCUGGAGCAAUGUUGAAGGGCCACCAGAUGGUUAUUGUCUCACCGUGCAGCAUGGCAUCGAUCCACGCGAGGCCUACUGCCCGUACAUUUUCCAUCCGGGUCGAUUCGAUCGGACUCUGAUUACCAAGGCCUUAUAUAUGUUCCGACGCGUCAACAUGCAGAUUGAUGUUAGGCAGCUGGCGAUGACAGUGCUCAAGGAGCGGGUGUGCGAGGCUGUCAAGGAUAAGAUCCAGAACGAGUUCAAAGAGUUUGUGGUCAGUGACGGAAAUCGCCACUAGGCUAUGGGAUCGUGUCUACUCCUGCUGCGAGCAAUACCACAUCAAGUACUCGGAGCCCAUUGGUUUGGUUUUUCCAUAUUGGGUGCCAUGGAUGCGGCAUGCCUAAUUAGGCUGCAAUAUUUUGCCCUGCCACGUCCAUGCGAACUGUGGCAGCAUAUUCUGUUCAUUGGGGAGCAAGCUACAAAUGUGACCUCGCUGAUGGCCCCAUUCUUUCGAGACAAUCUCACAAUGAUGACGGAUGUCAAAAUGGAAACGGAUAAGAAACUGUAUCAGCGAGAAUCUCCCAUCGAUCUGGCGGCCAAACUGGCUGCCAGAAGCAUAGAUGAUGACUACACUGGCGCCAUCCUGCCAAUGGACACCGAUCAGAGCAACAGCAAGGUUGUACAGAGAGCGAGGCAUCAGAUCCGGUUCCUUGACCUCGUGCGUCACAUUGAAGUCCUCGACACAGUUUAUUACGUGGAGUAAAACCUUGUUCUGGUAGGCCACCGCAAAGUGGGCUACUUGAGCGUGCUCCGACAUAGACGAAGCAGCGACAGUGGGCAUUCCGAGUCCGUCCGUAAGAAAGUAGGUACUUGGAUGGUCGAUCUUUUCAGUCACGUCAUAGAACAUAGAUUGUGACUGAAGAUCGUCUGGCCCAGCAGCAGCGCCCACAGCUACUAGAACCGUCUUCAGUGGGAACAUAUACCCAUGGACACUGCUCACAGUGACGACCAGCCCAGCAGUGUCACAAUGUCAACAGUAUCCAGGCUAACCUCAGCCAGCAUCAUCACUGACUUUCUAGUCUGACUUUAAGCAAAAAUUUUAACUUUUUUUACCGAUUUGUUCCAAAAAACUAUACCAAUAUACAUAUUAAACGGUU